CAACACUAUAUAAACUGCAUCUAAUAUUUGCUCCGGUGUUUGACUGACAAUAGUUUCCUCUGAAUGAUGCCCUCUUCUAAUAAAUACCAAGGUCUGGUGAAAUUGGGUGUUUCAUUGAUAACUAUAUCAUUUACCUUUGGUCUGAAUUGCUCACAGUGCAUAAAUAUGAGAAGUAUACAGAUAUUGAAAAAUACAAUUAAGGGUCUUGAUAUUGCUGUUGACUCAUGGCAGUUACCAAGAUCCUUGCUAUGCGAGUCUGCAAAAAAUGGAGAAACUGUAGAUGGCGUGUCUGUUGUCGAAUGCCAAAACAGUUCUUCAGGUAGUUCCAAAGAAUUCAGGUGUGUUCAUUACGAUGGAGUACUCGAUACGUUAAUCAACUUGGACCAAGGAAUCACUUCAGGAGAAAUGAAAAUCCGCUUCGAUGGAACAUACAGAGAUUGUUUUCUUGAAUAUGUCAGUUCAGGUGGCUCCUGUACAAAUCAAAAUUUUACUGUUCCAAAAGAAAGCAAACUGAGUUUAGUAGCUUUAUCAUCGUUACAAUUGCUGAUAGACACAAACAACGCUAUCGUCAAUUUUAAUGGUACGAAAUGUGUAUCGAAUGUAAACGGAAAUUUUGAUACUGUCAGAAUUACUGAAUCUAACGCUACAAUGACGGAAAGUAGUAUUCUUGUCCUUGUCUUACUCUUCUUUAUUUGUCAAGUUGUUUAAAGCCAAUCUAUAGAACUUUGAUCUGUGCCUUUCCUGUGCUGAAAACAAAACAUUUCAAUUGGUGAAAUGUUAACGCCUUUAUCGAAUUUACGUUGUUUGUAAAAUAUAAUAUGCAUAUCAAACUAACAUUUUGUACAUUACUCGUUUAUUAGGAAAACUUUCCGAUUAUUAGUCCCCUACCGGUUUCACCGGAGGGGACUAUAGCUUUCCUCUGCGUCCGUCAGUCCGUCUGUCUGUCCGUCCGUCCGUCUGUCCGUCCGUCAGUCUGUCCCACUUCAGUUUUCCACACUUUUUUUCUUUAUGCAUUUGAGGAAUAAUAUGAAACUUGCUGAACAGCUUCAAAAUGUCAAACUACAGAUCAAGUUUACACUUUUGUAGCGUCUGAUUGACAUAUUUUCGAGAAAUUAAUUGUUUAUAUUCCAACUUUUUAAUGUUCGGGUUCGUUAUCGGGUUCGGUGUGUAACUGAAUAAACGAGGUCAGUAUGGUAUGUAGUCAGUAAUAAUAUCGUGCGUUACUUGUACCAUUCCGUUUCCUGUACCAUUCCUUUUAUCAUUUUUAACAAACAAAUAAAGUCUAUAAAAUAGUGUCAAGCAUUGUGUUGUAAAUUUAAUCGGCAGGGUUUUUUUUUUGUAUUAUUAAUAUGUAAACGGUGUGACCGUUGGACCGAGCACAGAUUUCACACAGUGCAGUUUGAUUUUUGUAGAACAAAAUU